AUGGCUGCCAACGGUGACCGGCCGUCCGAUGACGAGUUUUCUCAGCCAGGAACCCCUCCUGGAGAAGAGAACGACGUUGAAGAAGUGGAAGAAACCAGCAAACCGCCAAAAUCCGCCUUAAAGAAGAGUUCUGCAGCCAUCGCAGAUUCACAGGCUCCUCGUCCUGUCCUGCCCGAACAGCCUGAACCCGAAGACCUGAAUCUCUCUACUCUUACUCCACUUUCACCUGAGAUCAUCUCAAGACAAGCAACUAUCAAUAUUGGCACCAUCGGGCAUGUCGCUCACGGCAAAUCCACUGUGGUGAAGGCUAUUUCUGGUGUGCAGACCGUCAGAUUCAAGAACGAGUUAGAGAGAAAUAUCACCAUCAAGCUGGGCUAUGCCAACGCAAAAAUUUACAAGUGUACCAAUGAGGCAUGCCCUCGGCCUACAUGCUACAAGAGCUAUAAAUCGGAGAAGGAAGUUGAUCCUCCCUGCGAGCGUGAGGGCUGUGGAGGGACAUAUCGACUCCUCCGUCAUGUCUCAUUUGUGGACUGCCCCGGUCACGAUAUUCUCAUGAGCACCAUGUUAUCAGGCGCCGCCGUCAUGGACGCUGCACUCCUUCUCAUCGCUGGCAACGAAAGCUGUCCGCAACCACAGACUUCCGAGCACUUGGCAGCCAUUGAAAUCAUGAAGCUGAAUCACAUCAUUAUCCUGCAAAACAAAGUCGAUCUCAUGCGGGAGGAAGGCGCACAAUCCCACUUCGAGUCGAUCCUCAAAUUUAUCAAGGGUACAGUCGCUGAUGGAUCACCGAUUAUCCCUAUUUCUGCGCAGCUCAAGUACAACAUCGACGCCAUUAACGAGUAUCUCGUCACCAAGAUCCCUGUGCCCAUUCGGAAUUUCCAAGAUACUCCCCAUAUGAUUGUCAUUCGAUCAUUUGAUGUCAAUAAACCUGGUGCUGAGAUCGAAGACCUGAAAGGUGGUGUUGCUGGUGGCUCUAUUCUGACAGGCGUGCUGAAGUUGGGCGAUGAAAUCGAGAUUCGGCCUGGCAUCAUCACCAAGGACGCACAAGGUCAGACUAUCUGCAAACCCAUUAUGUCACGAGUAGUUUCGCUGUACGCAGAACAUAACGAUCUCAAGUUCGCUGUCCCCGGUGGUCUUAUCGGUGUUGGAACCCGCAUCGAUCCCACACUGUGCCGAGCCGAUCGUCUAGUGGGACAUGUGCUCGGCCUCAGAGGGAAACUCCCUGAAAUCUAUAUGGAACUAGAAGUCAAUUACUUCCUUCUUCGUCGGUUGUUGGGUGUCAAGACUGCCGACGGCAAGCAAGCCAAGGUCGCCAAACUCGCAAAGAACGAGGUUCUCAUGGUCAAUAUUGGUUCCACGGCAACAGGCGCGAAGGUGAUGGGCGUCAAGGCCGAUGCCGCAAAAUUGACCCUCACAAACCCCGCCUGCACGGCUAUCGGUGAAAAGAUUGCUCUCAGUAGACGUAUUGAAAAACAUUGGCGAUUGAUCGGCUGGGCGAACAUCGUCGCCGGAAACACAAUCGAACCCGAGAGCUCCUGA